UGCUAAUAAAUAAGCGCAAAGCAUUUUCCCUCUGUGUGUCUUCAACAUGGAUGCUUUUCAAGGGAUUAUAAAAUUCUUUGUUAACCAGAAAACUAUUAUUGGCUACAGCUUCAUGGCUCUGCUGACUGUGGGAAGUGAGCGUCUCUUUUCACUUGUGGCUUUUAAGUGUCCCUGCAGCACUGAGAACACGGUCUACGGGCUGGUUUUUCUUUUGGCUCCUGCCUGGGUGUUACUGAUCCUUGGAUUCUUUGUGAACAACAGGUCGUGGAAACUCUUCACAGGCUGCUGUGUGAAUCCCAAGAAAAUGUUCCCCAGAGGCCACAACUGCCACUUCUUCUAUGUCCUUGGCCAGAUCAUUCUGAGUUCACUGGUGGCUCCAAUGAUGUGGCUUUCUGUGGCUUUGCUCAAUGGGACAUUUUAUGAAUGUGCCAUGAGUGGGACAAAGAGUGAAAGACUCCUGGAGUUGAUCUGCAAGGGGAAGCCCAAAGAGUGCUGGGAAGAACUAAACAAAGUAUCUUGUGGUAAAACCAGCAUGACAGCCACGGACAAUGAAGAACUGAAACUGUCCCUGCAAGCCCAGUCUCAGAUUCUAGGAUGGUUCCUGAUUUGUUCAGCCUCUUUCUUUUCUCUGCUCACCACUUGCUAUGCUCGCUGUCGAUCUAAAGUUAGCUACCUUCAACUGAACUUUUGGAAGACGUAUGCACAAAAGGAGAAAGAGCAGUUGGAAGAUACCAUUCUGGACUAUGCCAGCAAGCUGAGUGAGAGAAACCUGAAGUGCUUUUUUGAAAACAAGAGACCAGAUGUCUUCCCCAUGCCCACCUUUGCAGCUUGGGAGGCUGCUUCACAGCUGCAUUCUUUCCACCAAGGCCCACAGUACUACAGCACCCUCCAUAAGGUGGUAGAAGAUGGGCUGGACCAUCACCCAGAGGAUGAUGAGACCACUAUGGUUCUUGUGGGCAGUGCCCACAGUGUGUAGCUUGCCCGCCAGAUGUCACCUGCAUGACUCAGUGCAUCCAGGGAGACUCCCAUUCUGACAUCUGCCUACUGCAUCAACAGCAACCUGUGCAUCUCUGGGUUUUCCACAUGUAGCUUUCUUAUAGGACAAUAAACAAAGAGAGCAGCUUUGUAACUCCCAUGCUCAGACAGUGCCAGGAUGUGCUCAAAGAUGCUACGUCAUGGGGUAGGGAUGGGCCAAAAGUACUCUUCCCUCUUUGGGGGUGGGAAUUCUAUGAUUUUGUGAUUCCACAAUGAGACUCAUGGAAGAGGACCUGCCACUCAAAUCAUCCUCAUGGCUUCAGGGCAAAAGUGGCUUGUAAGUGAGCAAGUUAUUCUGAACACAGACUGACACACACAGUGAGAUUUUCAUUGUAGUCAGUAAAUCUAUUCUCUCUCCCUUCAAGGAUGUAUGAAAUCCAUUCCUUUGGAACCUGAAGACAUUAGUGCUCAAAAACAGCACACUGGCAACAUAUGAUGCCUGACGUGUCUCCUCUGGGCAUUGAAAGUACCCCCUGGGCAGUGCUGCAUCGUGGCUGGUGUGGCCGUGGAUGCAUUGUCUUUGUGGACCCCAUUCUACACUAAGCACACACACAGAUUUGUGGUAGUAUUGAUAUAAGGACAGGUAAUAUAUAUUAAAAUUUUUUCAACCCAAAAGUUCAUUGAUUUCCUUCUGAUUCUAAAAAAGUUAACAACACUGCCGACAGCCCCUACAAUUAUUGUGGGCCCAGACACAGUGCCUGAUAUGCUGAGGGGGCAAGUCAGUCCUGACUGGAUGUCUAGUGAAACUGUCCAAAGCAGUGUUGAUAUAAAACUAUUUUUGCAGUUUUAAAUUUAUCAGAAAUAUUGCAAACUGCACUCUACAUCAUAUAUGCUCAUGUUAGUUUAAACAUAUAUGCGUUCACAUGCAUAUAUACAUGUAUUCCUAUGUACAAAUAUUUCAGUCCCCCAAAAAAUUGCUGAAUGGAAUCAUGCUUCAGUAAGAAGCUCCAGGUACCUUAUGUAAUAGGGAAUUCUCUCUUAGUUUGAGAAUCCUCGGGUUUGACCAGGAUUGCAAAAUUGGAGAAUAUAUUCCAGAACAUAUUCUUGGAGAUGUAUAGGUGCAGGGUCAGGGUAUGUGUGUGAGUGUGUGCAUGUGUGAAAGAGAGAAGGCAAAGACAGAGAGAGACAGACAAACCGAGAGAAAGCAGGUGGGAGAGGAAGAGGUGGGGGCUUUGAGGUUGCAGUCUUAUUUGGGUUUUAAACAUGUGUGACAAAUGGUAAUAAUUGUUCCCUCCAAUAAGCCCCAGUUUGACAUGUUUGCCAGUUUUUUUGAUGAAAUUUCAAAAAGUCACGGAUGUCAGUAAUGUACAAGUAGGAAAAGAUGUUAACCAUGGGCUUUCUUAAGCCAUAUAAGUUUUCGAAGGUUUUAAGAUUAGCAGUUUGUUAUAUAUUCAGGGUUUUGAUGUUGUUUUUUGCGUUUACAUUGAUUCUAACAGAAUAACUUUGUGCAUCGUUGGUCCAUCUGGGUUUCACUUUAGUAAAACCUAAUCGAUACAUUCAAUGUGGUGCAGAGGCACCAAUGGAGAGGUGAACUCCCCUUCUCCCCUUAAAUCUGGCCUUAGCAAACCAGUGGGCUGUUGCAGCAGUGAAGCCAGAUUGUAGAAGUGCUGCAGCUGACUCCUGGCUCUCUUGCAGUGUUCGCACUGUAAAAGCCAGACACCAUGUAAGAGGCCCAAGUACCCUGAGCCCCCAGGUCUGACGAAGGCCAUGCUUACCCAACAGAGAAAAAACUGAGAGAGAGAGAAAAGCCCAGUUGUCAGAUAUGAGUGAAGAAGUCACUUAAGACAUUCCAGCCUCAAUACAAAGGCCCCAUAAGUAUGGUCCCAGUGACUCCAUCAUACAUUUUAGUCACCCCAUGAGAAGCUACGGAAAUCAGAGUGAUCCCCAAUAUGUCGGGUCAAUAUCCCUGAUAUAGAAAACCAUGUGCUUAAUAAACACUUACUGUUUUAAGCCAACAAAUUUGUGCUACCAUGAAGCAAUAGGUCACCUGAACAGUAGUACAUGAAAAUCGCA